UUGCAUUUUUAACCCAACAUUUGGGUUUGACCAUAUUUGACCCAAAUUGGGUUGGAAGAACCCAGCAUUUGAUGACAUGUAGAUGCAGAAGAGAAGCGGUCCCAGCACUGAGCCCUGAGGCACCUCACCCCUCGACGACACCCUGGAGGACUCCUGAGUUCUGCGGUUCCUGAUGCCCUUCAUCAUGAGGAUUGACUGGGGGAUCUGAAGCUCAGGACAAAGGAGCGCCAUGCUUGAUGGCCGCAAGAUACAAGCCCUUCACCAAGUAUGAGUACUUCUAUGAGACAGAGUCGUUGAAUGCUUUGAACGGGGCUGUCAACGGCCCCAAGGCCAGCUGUAAGGUUGAGAUUGCGGCUCUUGGUACAUGCAGCUACAUUGUGCGCACCACCGACUGCACACUGAGUGAAGUGGUCGACGUGGAUGCGGAUGGAAAGCCUGUGUUUGGAGCAGCGGCCGGUGCGGAGGACUUUAAAACCGCCAUGGAGAGACGCCCUCUGAAGUUCACCGUUGAGGGAGACGAUGACAUCAAGCUUUUCCCUGAGGAAGAUGAGCUGAUAAACAUCCUCAACAUCAAGAGGGGAAUCAUCUCUGCUCUUGCUGUCCCAGUGCUUGAGGAGGACAGGAACGAAGACAUGCCCACCAUCUACGGUCUGUGUAAGACUGACCAUGUUGUGAACACCAGAGAGGACAUCGCCACCGAAGUCACCCUUAAAAGAGACUUGUCCGAUUGUGACAAGUUCAGGCCGGUCGAAGACCACACCAGUCCCCUCGCCCUCAUCUCCGGCAUGAAUUAUCCUCUUGCUCAGCUGAUCAGAAGCAACCAGACCUGCAAAUACAAGUUUAAUAAUGAGCAGCACCACAUGACCUCUGGAACUUGCACCGAAAAACACGUGCUUGCGCUCUUUUCACAUAAGGGAGAAUAUGGAGUGGUCAAUACUGGCAAACAGGCCUUGACCCUUCUGGGAGUCGCUAAGUACAGUGACAGAGUCUUUGACCACAAUAUGGCCAACAUGAAACCCCUCCAUCAAGACAGCAGUGUUGACAUGAGCCCCAUCCAGGAUAAAGAAGCUGCUCUUGUUGUUCUGAGGGAAAUUGCUGGGCUUUCCAAAACCAACGAUGGACGUAAGAGAGCCCACUUGGCCCACAAGCUCGUAGCCGUGAUCCGCAAGAUGGAAGCUGAAACUUUGACGGCCGUUGUUCCCGAGGCAUUGGAAAUCUCUCAGUCUGUCACGUACCAGGCUUUGCUGCAGUGCGGUACCCCAGAAUGCUGCAGUGCUGUCAUGCAGAUAUUCAGGACCUUUGACAAGAUCUCGGGUGAGAUUGACGCUGCUGUGUAUGCCAUGGGAAUGAUACCCCGGUCCUCCCGCGUCCUUGUGAAGGAAAUGUUGGCGAUGGCAAAGUUCAAGCCAAGCAAACCCAUCUACUACGCUCUCAGCAAUGCUGUGAGAAGGCUCUUUGAGACGGAUGGAGUCACCAGUGAGAUCCAAGCAGUGGCUGAUUACGCCCUUGAACAGAUCGGUGAUUGCACAGGGGACCAGGAACACGUCUUUCUUUCUUUGAAGGUCAUUGGCAACAUGGCGGCUGCAUUGGGAGCUGCGCGUCCUGCUUUGCAGUCUUCUGUUAUUCAAUGCAUCAAGCAGCCGGCUGCCUCCGCCGCAGUCCAACAGGCCGCGGUCCAGGUCUACAGACAGACUCCAGUACCUGAAGAGGGCCGAGAGGUGCUCAUACGUGCUGUUCUGGACAGAGCCGCGUCCGUACAGAAGCGUGUAGCUGCGUAUCUCAUCUUGAUGAAGAACCCCACGCCUGCUGAACUCGCUCAACUGGCAGCGGCUCUCCUUGGUGAGGAAAAUCCUCAGGUCAAGAGCUUCAUCAUCUCUCAUAUCAGCAACAUCUUGAGCUCUACGGCACCAGAGACCCUGGACUUGAGACAGAAGAUUCGAGAGGCCUUUCAAGGCAAUGAAAUCGAAAUGCUUAUGGAACCAAAUGAACUCUCUCGGUACUACAGACUUGGGUCUUUAGAGGGAAACAUGAUCUUUGAAUCUUCUAAUGAACUUCCAAGGGAGGUCAUGUUGGAGAUGACCUUGAAUGCUUUUGGAUUUGAUAUGGACUUGAUUGAGAUUGGCAUGGAGGGAAAGGGCUUUGAGCCCAUUGUGGAGGCUCUCUUCGGUGACGAUGGAUUUUUCCCAGAUACUAUCAUGAAGACCACCUUAUAUGCCACCGACAAAAUGCCCAUCGAACUCAAUGAGGUCUUGGACAACAUGCUGCCGUUCAUGGGAAACGAUAGGAAGAAGAGACAGGCUUCUCAAAACAUAGUCAAUGAAAUCAGUCAUAAUAUCAACAAGCUUAUCGAGGACUUAAAGGCCCAGGAUGCUCCUGAAGCAAUGGUGUACCUCAAACUUCUGGGUGCUGAACUUGGGUAUCUUGAUACAAAAGAUGGCAAGAUGAUUCAAAAUCUCCUUAAGAUGAUCCCCACUGACUUCCUCAAAAGACAGCUCUCAAGUGUCGACAACGAGCUUUUCCUUCUCUACAUGUUCAUGGAUAAUGAGUUUUUUCUGCCCACCGGAGCUGGUUUUCCACUGAGAGUGGCUCUGUCUGGGACCUUUACUCCUGGAGUCAAAGGAGGACUGAGAUUUAAUCCAGGCAAGAGGGAAUUUGUUUUGACCCUGUCUGCUGGCAUUGAGUUUGUGACUGAGAUUGGGACUCACUUUCCCGACUAUGUUCACUGUGGCCUGGCGAUGCACACGAACAUCUAUCACGAAAGCGGUGUUACAGCAAGGCCCUCUGUGACCGACAGCCAGCUCAAGCUCUCCAUUCCAGCUCCUCAUGGACCAACAGAACUCAUUAGCAUCACCAAUUCUCUGGUGUCUGUUGUUGGUGCCAAGGCUACGCCCAUUCCUGCCAAGGGCGAGUUUAUUAAUAUGAAUAAAUGCACUGCUUUUUUCCCUGGACUGAAGUACUGUACAGUCCUGAAGUAUCCUGAUGCAACAUCAAACGAUGCUGCCCCUUACUUUCCUCUCACUGGUGACAGCAAAUUUGCUGUUGAGCUCCAUCCAUCUGAAGAGGUCACGGAGUAUAUUGCCACCAUCAGCUACGCCUACGAAGAUGAGGCAGACAAAGUCACGUAUAGCCUGAAGGCUGAAGGAACAUCCCAUGAGGCCAGAACUGUAGUAAUAUUGAACAGACAGCAGUACAGCAUCUCUGCAGAGUUGCUUAUCGAUUCUCUUCAGGUUGAUUCUAAAGUUUCUGCAAAACUGAAGCAUGGUGAGAAGUUGACUUUGGAAAUCGAGAGUGACCUAAAACUCCCAGAGACGACUUCUGUUCAAACACUCAUCCUCAAAUAUGAGAAUGAAAAGAUUGAGGCUGAAUUUAAGUCUGAUGUCAGAUCUGAGAUACAAAGAAUCAUUCCCAACAUCCUUCUUGACGGCCUGAAUGAGUUGAAGGUCCGCGAUGUUCUGGCAAAGGCAGUUGCGAUUUUGGGAGUCCACACUGUGCCGGUGAUCACUCUUCCUGAAAGAUUGUUCCUAAAUGUAGAGGCUGCUUUUAAACACCACUUUGGCCAGCAUUACUACACCAUCACUCUUCCCUUGCCCUUGGGUGGAAAAUCCACUAGGGAUCUGAACUUUCCCACAACCCUCUCCACACCAAACCUGAUUGUACCUCAUCUUGGUCUGGAGUUUGAAUCUGCUAGCAUUGACCUUCCAGAGGUCUUCAUUCCUAGAAGCGUGUCUCUGUCUGUCCCAACUCUCGGAUUGGUAGAGUUGUCCGGAAAACUAAACAGCAACUAUUACAUCUUAGACGCAGCUGUGUCUGCAGCCAGAGAUCCUGCUGAAAGUUAUUCCGCUAAGUUUGAAGUCACUGGCACAAGUCCUGUUGACCUCCUCUCCCUAAAGGUCGAAGGAUCUGCUCUAGUUGAGACCACACCUGGCGAUCCUCUCAAGGCGAACGUAAAGGCCGUGCUUCGCCACGAGAUUAUCGAUGCCACGAUUGGUGUUGAGGGGGAAGUGGAAUUUGCUGAAAAACUCAGUGUGAGAUCCAAAAGCAAGCUUGAAGUAACUAGCCAUGUUGGAGUGCAAAUUUCAUUGGAGCACACUGGACAGUUUGGCGUUGAUGCCGAGGAGAUCUCUGGAGAUGGAAACCUGGAAGGAUUCUUCAAGGCUGGUUCAGUCCAUGGGUCAGGAAACUUUUUGCAAUCAGUCUCAGUCAUCCCAUUCAGACGAGAGGCAAAGAUGAAUUCUUCACUGAAAGUAGAUUCAAAACUUCUUCAGGCUCACAACUCCUUUGCUGUAGCCUUUGCCAAUGGAGAGCUGAUAAUUCUGUCCAACAACACAGCAUAUGACAACCUUGUAACAUUGCUAAACAUUGCUAAAAUAACCUUCAAGGAAUCCCAGCUUGAUCUAAAUUCUCAUACGAAAGCAAAGCUUCUUGGCCUGAAGAUUCAAAACGUGGUUGAGACCAGAGCUGGCGUUGAAUCCGUUAGAAUUAAGAUUGAGACCUCAACUUACAGCAUUGAAGAACGUAUCCAUUCCCUGAUCACAGGAGCUCUGGACAUCAGUGGUCUAGCUAUUCACAGUGACGCCUCUGUUAAACUCAUUGGACAGCAAGCUGUCCACAAAGCCAUUCUGAACCUCAAUAAAGAUGGCCUGAGAACCUAUGGCACAACCUCACUGCAAAGCUUCCUGCAGGAGCUUAAACACACCUUCGAGAUCACCUACAAAAAUGAAACGGCCACUGCUCAGUGCAAAACCAUUGGUAAAAUCAUGGGAAGUCACAUUGACCACAUCACUGAGCUAGAGAUUGCUGGACUUUCUGGCAAAAUCAAAAAUCAUAUACGUUUCAACUCCAGAUUAUUUAAUUUUGUCACCAACAGUGAUGGGACAUCUAUUCCAUUCAGUUUCAAUUUUGAUGCCAGUGUUAACAGUAAGGAUAACACAUACUUCCCUUAUGUAAAGACAGGGCAUGAUUUUACCGCAAAAGUCUUUCUAAAAGCAGAACCACAAUCCUUAGCUCACUCUCAUGAAUGCAAAAUCUCAACCAGCCUUCACCUAGACAACGCUGUCGACAUUAAAUCACUAUUUGAAAGCAUGUCUGACACUCUGCUUAUCCCCUCUGAACAAAAGAUUAAAGUGGCAAUUAAGGCUAAAGUGAACGACUAUACCAUUAAACAGGAGAUCAGCGCUUACAACAGUCCGGCACGGCUUGGGCUGGAAGGGUCUGGAAAAGUGCGCACCAAUCUGUUCAACACUGCCAACACUGCUUAUCAGGACUUUGCAGUCUCUGGCUUCCUAAAGUAUGACAAAAGCACCGAUACACAAUCAGUUAGCUUGCCUUUCAUUGAAAGUUUUUCACAACUCCCUGAAAACAUCAGAAAAACACUUGUGAGCAUGGGCGAGACCCUGAGGAAAUACAUCAACCGAGAGUGGAUUCAGAACAUACCUCAUCGCGUAAGCGACUUUGUGUCUAAAUUGAACUUUGAGAGAAGAGCUGUGCAGCUGAAACAUGCCUUGAAAACUCUGUACCACGAGAACGCAUUAAAGCUGAAAGGUCUGAUCGGUGCUUUUCAGAAAUUAGUGAGUGAUGUGUUCAACGGUGAGGCAUUGGAUAGUUUGGGGGAAUUGAUUGUGAUGGGUAUGCAUAUCAACAAAGUUGUUGAAAUCCUACCAAAGCACAUCAAGGUGUUGAUAUUUUCCAUCAUUGAGGACGUAAAAAAUAUUCUAAGCUUGAUCAACACCCAAGGUUACUCAAAGCUGAAUGAAAUCUUCCAUCCUGCCAAUGCUGAGAACAAGCAAAUUCCUGCAAUUUCGACAUAUCUUCUAGUGCCAUCUUUUGGAAAACUGUAUGGUGAAUUCACAAUCAAAACCCCUCUCUACAACGCCAGAACCUCUGCAGAGUUCAAGAACGCCUCAGAGAGAUACCCUUUCUUCACAGCUUGCAUUAACUCUAAAGGAACCUCUGCAAACCUCAACGCCCUGAGUUAUGAUCUAGAAUCCACCGCACAGAUAUCGAUCCCCGAGACGAGUCCUGUAAUACUAUCUGAAACUUUCAAGUUAGCACACAUUGAUUUGACUUUAGACCAACAGGCGUUGUUGACUCUGAAUGGAUCUGCCUCUAACAAUACUGUCUUUCUUGAAACUUCAUAUAAAAACCAGGUGAACAUCCCCUCGCACUCACUGUUUGGUGACGUUAUCCUGAUUCAGAAGGCUGUAGCUCGCCAGGGUGAUGCUGCAUUCACACUGACGGUUAAAAAUGAAGGAACUGGCAGAUUUGCCCUUCGAGACUUCUCAGAGAAAGGCACCCAUAAGAGUGACUUGCAUUUGGACAUGGGCAUUGGCGCCGCCAAGCUGUCUUUUACUGGCCACACUGAUAGCGAUACUCUGCAGAUCAAGAUGAAGAUGAAAGUGAAUGCUGAUGCUGUUGCUCUAAGCCACCUUGAAUUCAAUGCUAGUGUUGAUACCGAGUCUCCAUUUAUCAAGAACAGUUUGCUGGUUGCUUCUGGGAAGGCUCGUUUGGGGGAUAUGACGGUGGAAAUCAAGGCAUCCCACGUCACGUCAGUUGUCGGAGCUGUCAGCGGUGUCCUCGCCAAUGCCGCCAACAUCAUGACUUGUCCUAAUGAGGUUGCUAUUGACUUUCAGAACAGGGGUAUUGCUAAGAUCAACCUCUUCGAGUCAUUUUUAGGCAAUGUUGAUGUCCAGAAAGACUUCACUGUUACCUUCAACUCUAACAUACAAGAAAUCCGCAGUGUGCUAUUCGCAUAUUUAAACAAUUACAACUACAGACAAAACAUCACAGCCAGCAAUGGCAAAGCUGAGAUGGGUAUUUACGCUGUUGUGAAUAGUUUGGCCAGCUUUGGGUACUUGAAAGCUGCAGAAAUGUUUGUGCCGGCCAUUUUUAAGAUUUCAGCAACUAGAGAGCUGAACUGGAAUGAUGAUACUGGCCUAUGGUAUGACUUUACCACAAAUGACCAGCCUGUUAAUCUAAGUGCCAAACUUGUCUACCAGAAGAGCUGGUUUGCUCCUAUUGUUGAUUUGAUUGUCCCUUCAUUGGGUAAUCUAGUCUCUGAGGUAUCUUUCAAGUCCUCUAUUCUUAACCUCAAUGCUAAUGCAGGUGUUUACCCGAAGGAUUACUGGAUGGGUGUAAGUGCCACGACUGCCUCCAUGUUGCAGGGAUUGAAGGCCAAGCUUAAUGGAACCACUGGCCUGACCACAGAAAGUGGAUUGAAACUGGCCUCUUGUUUGUCUUUGGAGAAUACCCACAUUGGCGGUCAUCAUGAGAGUACCUUGACUCUGGAAGACAUCUAUGAGGCUGUGUUGUCUGUGGACACAGUUGCUAAGAUUAAUCUGACAAGCUUAACUAUUGAUGUCACUCAUCAACUUUCUGCGGACCCCAAGGUCCAUCCAAAGGCAACAUCAAACUUGAAGAUCAAGUACACUUUCGAUCGUCCAGAUUCGGUGGCUGCUGGACGUGGAGAUGCUGAGAAUACAUUAAAGCUGGAUGCAACUCUUUCCUUCAUCUCCAUUGAGUCUACAACCCAAGUAACCACAAAUUCUACAUUCACAGAUGCUACUGAACUUACGGGAGAAAUGGAUAAUCAAGCUAACAUCUAUGUGAGUGCUGAUGGUCUGAAAUCCAAUCUGAAGACUAUUGGAAAUGGGUACAUUGAUUUUAAAUAUUCUAAGCUUAAGUUUGACAUUAGUGACCAGCUGACCUUGGAGGGAGAUCUUGACCGUAUGUAUUCUUUGCUAGAAAUUGAUUCAAACUAUACAUAUUUCCAUCACAAAUUUGGUGAAUUAACAAUAAACCACACUGCUCUUGGUAAAGCUGAACUUGUUCCCCUAAGCACCCUCUUGACUGCUGUAGACAUGUUCUUCACUCAGCAAAGUCGUAGUGACUUUGAUGUGAGAGAAACAGAAAGUAUUUUUUCAUCGAAUAGGUUUGAAAGCAAAACAGAGAUUUUCUCCCGUUGGUUCAAUUCAACUAUAGAAAUGUCAGCUGAGCAUAAUGUACCCAUCACAAAGGCCAUGUAUGGGUGCUCUUCUAAUCUCACAUCUCCAUCUACACUUCUGGAGUAUCAGGGUGAAUUAAGUAUAACUGUAACUGAUUGAACAGUUAACGAUAAUUUCUGUUGAAUACACACCGGACCGGAGGAUAUAUUUCCUUAAGGGAUUGAUUUCAACUAAUCAUUGGGCUUUAUUUACUGUAUGCUUGCUCAUCUAGGCCUCAUAAUCCCUGACAUGAAUAGAUUCAGAAUAACUUUAAAAGUCCCUCUCAAGAACAAUGAUGUAAACAUGGUUGUCUAGUGAUUGAAACCCUGAAAUAUUAUAUCCCAUUUAAACACUACAAUAAAUGGAUGAUUUAAC